AACAAAACAAAAAAAAGAAGCCCACGUUGCUGGUCUUCAGGAGCACGUGUGCCACUGACCCCGCAGCAGGAUGUGCCUGUCUUUCUAGGGGUUUUUACUCUAUCUGCCAUCUAGACUGGUCACCCGUAAAAGAGGAAGCCCACGGGUGGUGGGUGUAAGCCCGUCCACUGACGCCGUCAAUGACUUACUGAAGGGUGUGCAGACCUGUGAGUAUCUGCUCAUAACUAUAAUAAUCCACCAUUCCUCUCUGCCACCUUGCAUCCUACAGGCCAGAGACAAUUAGGAGUUCAUAAGAGUGUUGUUCAGAAUAUUAAAAGGUUACGUAUGCUAUUAGUGUAAAACAUUAAGGGUUUGUAACCAGAAAGCACUGCGAAUAAAUGUGUCCUAACAUUAGUAACUGUAAAUCCAGCAUAACUAAUCAAGAAACUACUGUAAACAAAGGAUCCUAGAUGUCUUGACUCAGGGUGCCUGGGACAUAAAAAUAUUUAAAGAUUAAAGCAAGGUCUGAAGCACAGAAGUGAAGGAAGUUACUGAGGCUGGUCGAAAGCUAAUUCUGUGUGCAACGAAUUCUCAAUCUCACUUUUGUGUCUAUGAUCAUCUAGUAACACCUUUCAUCCCUGGAUUUUCUGGGUGGGUGGGUGAUAAAUGGGCCUUAGAGCCUGGGCAGGGAUCUGAGCUACACACCUGUCCUUACACACAGCACAGAACCCUCUGAAAAUCAUUUUCCAGGAAAAACACUGCGAUCUCCACCAAGCCUGCCCCUCAGCUACAAUCUGACACACCCCAGGAGAGCUGGGGGCCAGCCGGCCACGCCCACCCGGGAAUGGAGAAGACACCCACAAAAUAAGGAGAGGAGCAUCAGCAAAAUGACGGCUGCUUAUCACAGGCUUGCCCCUUUGACGACAGAUGAAUUACAAACUGACACGGAGGGCUACACGCAGUGGAAUGUGGACUCGACUGCGCCACUGAAUACUGGUACCCUGUACAUCUGGUCCUCUUGAAAAUUUCCUAGCAAAAGAAAACUUGCGUUUUGCUUUGUGACGUCUUUGCUUCUGCCUUGCGGGGGUGGGGUGAUGAUACGGAAAUGACCGUGUGUGCCUACGCGUGCAGACCCUCCUGGCCCCUCAGGUAAAGUGUCUUGUCCACCCCCUCUGCCAUCACUGUACCUCACGUGGCCUCCACCACAGCAUGUCAUGUGUGCCACUGUGUGUGUGCCCAUUACAUGGCGAGAUACUUGAAGACGGAGACUCAUUCCCCAUCUGCCUCCCACCACCUUGAACACUCCCAACUCCUAAAGUGCCAACGCGGGUUUAAUUUGCUGAAUUAAAUCUUCAGUUCUGUUGAGUACAUUCUUUGUCUACAAAGCUAAUGGCUCCAAAACAAAAUGAUCAAGUAUUUGAAUCCUUGGGCAUCAACACUGCCUUUUAAAAUACCGAAAAGUCUAAACUAUUCCAGCUGAAACAUCUGUGAGCUUCAGUUCCAAUGAGGGAGUCCAGGGAGUUAGAAACUGGAAGAGCAUCCUUUUUCAGGCGGCUGGGAAGAUGGCGGACAUUCAGACUGAGCGUGCCCACCAAAAGCAGCCGACCAUCUUUCAAAACAAGAAGAGGGUCCUGCUGGGAGAAGCUGGCAAGGAGAAGCUCCCACGGUACUACAAGAACAUCGGUCUGGGCUUCAAGACACCCAAAGAGGCUAUCGAGGGCACCUACAUUGACAAGAAAUGCCCCUUCACUGGUUAUGUGUCCAUUCGAGGGCGGAUCCUCUCUGGCGUGGUGACCGAGAUGAAGAUGCAGAGGACCACUGUCAUCCGCCGAGACUACCUGCACUACAUCCACCAGUACAACCGCUUCGAGAAGCGCCACAAGAACAUGUCUGUACACCUGUCCCCCUGCUUCAGGGACGUCCAGAUCGGUGACAUAGUCACAGUGGGCGAGCGCCGGCUUUGCCGGCCUCUGAGCAGGACAGUGCGCUUCAAUAUGCUCAAGGUCACCAAGGCUGCCGGCACCAAGAAGCAGUUCCAGAAGUCCUGAGGCUGGACAUCGGCCCGCUCCCCACAAUGAAAUAAAGUUAUUUUCUCAUUCC